GGGACCGCUUCUCGUCCUCUGAUUGGUUGCUGCAGGAGUUGGUCAUCAUUCCAAGAUGGCGCCGGCCCUGGUGGAACAUGUUGUCGCGGACGCAGGAGCGUUUUUAAAGAAAGCUCCUCUCCAGGACAUCGGCAGGAACAUCUACACUCUGAGAGACGUUGUGGAAGAGAUCAGAGACAAACCGACCAGAAGGAGCCUCGCCUUCCUGCCGUACGAGCUGACCUUCAAGGAGCCCAGUCCAGAGCACAUCAGACACGUCACAGAGUUCUCGAAGAAAACGGGAGAUUAUCCGAGUCUGUCGGCGACCGACAUCAAGGUUCUGGCUCUGACCUACCAGCUGCAGCUGGAACACGUCGGUUCUCAGAACCUGAAGACGGAACCGGAGCUGAAGGUCAACGUUCAGACCACACGGCGCCACCCGGAGACUCCGCUCAACGUGGCAGGGUUCCACUUCCCCUCGAACAAACCAGCUGAGAGUCCAAACAUCAAACUGACGGAGGCGAGGGAGCGAGACCAGUUCAACAGCUUCCAGUUCUGGAGAGAACCGCUGCCGAGCAUCGACCAGCUGCUGGUUCUACUGGGUCCAGAGGACGUUUCAAAACCCGACAGACAGAACCAGACGAGCUCCCAGACGUCUGGAGACCAGUUCAACAGCUUCCAGUUCUGGAGAGAACCAGUACCGAGCAUCGACGAAGACCUGCUGGGUUUACUGGAUGGAGGCGGAGUCUCAGUGUCAGACUCCUCCCAGCUGGAGCAGGGGGCAGAGCAACCAGGCGACCAAUCAGACGACGAGGACAAAGAGAACGAGCCUGAGGAAGAGGAUGAAGAUGAAGAUGACGGAGGAGGAUGGAUCACUCCCAGCAACAUCCGACAGGUGAAGAUGGACUCAGCUGAUUGGACGGCUCCAGCUGAUGUCACAGUCGGGUGUCUGACCACCGACUUCGCCAUGCAGAACGUUCUCAUCCAGAUCGGCCUCCAUGUUCUCUCUGUGAAUGGGAUGGUGAUCAGACAGGCCAGGAACUACAUCCUGAGGUGUCAUGCCUGCUUCAAGACAACCGGCAACAUGAACAAAGUUUUCUGUCCUCACUGUGGGAAUAAAACUCUGAAGAAGCUGGCGGUGACGCUGAACGAGGACGGAAGUCUGCAGAUGCAUUUCUCCAGAAACCCCAAAGUCCUGAACUCCAAAGGCCUCAGACACUCACUGCCGCUGCCUCAGGGAGGGAAACAUGCCAACAACCCCCAGCUAGUGGAGGACCAGCGCUUCCCUCAGCAGAGACUCUCCAGAAAAGCUCGCCAGAAGACCGACGUCUUCGACCCCGACUAUGUAGCCGGAGUGUCGCCGUUCUGCCAGAACGACAUAUACAGCCGGGCCGCCAACCUGCACAUCAGAGACGGGCAGAGCGGCGGUGGCAGGAGGCGGGAAAACCCCAACGCCACCCGCAGGAAGUUCGUCAAGAAGAAGUGAGGACACCUGGACGCAUGAAACACACCUGGACACAUAGAAAACCCUCGGACAUCUGAGACACAACAAUCAAAAGCCUGGAUUUUGUUACUGAAGGAAACGAUGGACAGAAUAUUAAUAAAUUACAUUAAAACUACAAUUAGUGUCAAAGAAAAUAUGCAUCUUCUGCUUGUAUUCACAUCAGAUGGCAGAUUUGUGGGACUUUUGGUCAACAAGGACGUCAUCUGCAGCAGGUUUCUGAUGGAUGAAGAUCAGCUUCUAGUCUGACGGAUGAUCUGGAAACAUUUGAUUUUCAGCUGAUCGGUUCAGAAACGGUGAAAUGUUCCUUUAAACAGCAGCUGUAGUGUUCAGACUCAUCAAUAUAAUGGAUUUAUAUUAAUAAUCAAUAAACGUUAACGGAAAAACA